AUCUUGCGCCAGUUGUUGGGGGAGUUUUGAGAGUAGCUUACAUUCCAAGAAAAAGCGCCGUUUGCUCAGCCGCUGCAUAGCGACCAAUACCCGCUUGCUUGCAAAGCAGCAGUUGGGCCGCCGAGUCCUUCGGCACACGCAAAGGGCUGAUGCCGGCGCUUUCUUGGGCUGAGUCGCUUGGUGAUGCUGCUGUCUCUCAUCACAGCAUUUUAUCGGCUUCUCUCGCGUCCGCAGGCAACGCCACGAAUCCUACCGACGAUGUCUUGAAAGUAGUCUGCGCAUGGCCCGUUUCUGGCCAAUAUGGUCCGGGAUCGAGAGUCUUGUACUACGUGCUUAUAGCAGCGUGCGUGUUUGCUCGAAGAGCCGUGUGGAUAAAAAAUGCUUGCUUGGCUGCAGCGCUGCUCCUCCCGGCCGUAGCCGCAGUUCAUGGCAUUGUCCUUGCAGCUCUGCAUCGAGACGAAGCUGUAGACAUGGACGUGUACGGCGCCUUUCAGCUGUGCUCGAUUGCCAUUCUGGUCGCUCCAAUGACAGUCAGACUGUCUAAGACUUACUUCAACGCCCGUGGCCGCAACACAAUCUUUUUCUGGGCAGGUCUGAUUCUUGCAGGACUCCUUAGCCUGACCAUCGAAUUCUACCGAAUCCAGACCUAUCCCUGUCCUCAGGAUGACCAAGGAAUACCAAUCUCUAAAAAUCCAUCAAAAUUCCCUUACGGCGAUAACACAACAUGCGGGCUGCAUUGCGCCGUAGGAGAUGGACCAUCUUCUCCUAUGAGACAAGGAUCGGCAAACAACAUUUACGUGAUACCUGUGCCUAGAGUUCUCACAUUUGGCACUGCCACACUACUAGCGGCCGGUUGCUGCGUCCAUACCAUCGUCUGGAUGGCGUCUAUGACAGACAAGGUAUUCGAAAACCAUCGGGGCCUCGCAGCUCGCCUUCGCCUUGGCAGCGGGAUUGACGAUACUCCAGCUGAUGAGCCCAUCUCGGGCACCAAUGGCGCAACAAAGGGGACUAUGAAGGGCGUGAACAACAAAAUUCGCUACUUCCUCUCCGUCGUGGCCAUUCCCGUUUUUGGGGGCGCAGGGCUUGCUAUUAUUAUCGUAGGAGAGAUUAAUUUUUUCAGCGGUCCAGUCUCUUAUCAGGUCGAGCCUCUCGCAAGCAUUGGCCAGUGGGCACCCAUUGUUGGAACAGGAUUUGCUGCCAUAGGAUCCCUUUAUCUUGUCCUUGCAGCCGAUGUAGAGGCCGUCAUAGGAGAAUCCCAUCCCCAUGCCGUUCAUGAGUGCAAAUGUUCCCAUCAGCACCUUGAAUAUCAAAGUCGACACGGGUCUCCUGCUACAGAUUCUUCUUCAACUGAUCGAGAUGGCCAGUCUCAGAGCCAUGGAGAAAGUAGUCCCCCAGAAACACCCGAGUCAGUCCAUUUUCCAGCAGUGAGGCAUGCCGAUACAGGAUUCUCUACUGUCUCAUCAUACCGCGCUCUCGACAGGAUGUCGACCAUGCAAACUGGCAUCUCCAAUGAUGCACCAACCAUCGACCGACACAUAUCUUCAGGCAGCACAGCGCACCGAGCUUCCACAGUAGACUCGGGCAGCAGACGCAAGGUUGCCAGGAUGCUUGUUUCUGUAGGCAGCGCACUCGGCAAUAAGGCGCACAACUGGGUCGAUGAUUAUGAUAAAUCUGGCAAAGCUCUUGAUUUCCCAGAGGUUCCUGGAGAGUUUUGGAGAAAUGAACGACUACCAGACAUUCGAAAUAUUUAUAACCUCCCUCGAGAUGCAGAUGGCAACGCUACUCCCUUACCACGCUCUCGUUCCCGGGCGGGCAGUUAUAGAGGAGCAUCGCCUCAGCCGGGACUAUCGCUCUCCCGUUCUCAUUCCCUUGCGCGACCUGCACGCUCUCUAUCACGGCAAAACCGGGCAAGCACUUUGCCAGGAGCCAAUUCAUCCGGGCUUCAGAAUGAUAGCCCACCUCCAUCACCUACCCAGACCAGAGGGAGGCAGAGGAUGAGGAGUGACACCCUUAAAGUUCCUACAUUGGGCCAUCACAACACCUUGAACAUUCACUACCCCGAAAUAGCUACACCUGCGGUAGCUAUGAGCGGAGGUCGAAGCCUUCCGCCAAGCCCAAGCGACAAUGGUGAUGAUGGAGGUGAUCAUGAAGAGCCUCCUCAUGCUAUGCCAGCUGCUACCUCACCCGCCAUUUGUCCAUCGCAAGAGCAUACGCACACUUCACACUCACCUUCAGCAUAGCUCUUAUCUUUGUGAUCUCAUAUCCUCAGACAACAUCCCUAUUUACCUUGUUUCUUUUUUUUUUUUUUUUUCCUUUUUUUCUACGCAAGGCUUAGUCGGCUUAGUCCCAGUCAGCCACUCAAGCAGUGCAUUAUGUGUUCCCCAGACCAUCUGCUUUUCAUCAUUUCCUUUUUUUUUUUUUUUCCUUUUUUUUUCAACGUGUUGCUAGCAUAUCUUGGCCAGGCAUUCAACGAUAUGAUGAACAUGUAAUAGAGUAUAUUUUGUUUGGAAUCAGUAUAUAGAGUGUCGCGAACCGCUUAGACGGGAAUUCGUUUUAUACAUAGAGCAAAUACAUCUUGUCUU